CCUCCAACAGGAUCUUACGCCAGCCUAUGUCCCUCCCUCCCUUCCCUUCCUUGCACUACGUAGUGGCACAUCUCCUCCCUUGCACUCGUUUCCAAGCUAACCGACUAAGCUUUGUCCCCGACAAGUCACAACUGGAUUUCUCGCUUCAAGGCUGCUGAUUUUCGAGAAGCCCUGUGUUGGUAUUCUGCAAUCAGCCACGAAGUGUUUUUAUUGCCAUACCUAUUGUUUACUCUUCAAGGUUCUGCUCUACUUCCUCCGCGCGUAAUUAUCCAACCCGAAACCCACGCUCUGCUCGCCUGCUACCCCUUACACUCCUCAACGCAUCUCUUUCUCGUGCUCCAGCUCUCCCAAAUCCGUGCGAAACGUCGACCGUGCUUUCCGUUCGCCCUCUCUCGCUCGCUCCCAGCCACCGUCAAUACUUCCUUACCGCCACUAACGCAUCGCGUUACCCGCCACUAAAUUCCCCAACCCGCUGCGACGGUGCGUAGUUAAUCGCUCCAUGGCGUCGUCUCUAGUAGCUGUCGGGCAGGAGAGCCGGCCGCGUCGGUCCGGCCCAUGGAAAAUCGAGGCGAAUCCGAUGCAAGGCAUCUGGAGCAAGAUGCGAUCGAAGGCGGGAGCAUCGUGCGCCAACUGCGGCACCUCUUCCUGCAGCGAUGUGUCGGGCCCUGCGCUUCUCCCCGCGCUCGUCUCUCACUUCGGCCGCAACUACCUCUCCGCACUCGCUUCCGCCUCCGACUUCCCCGUCGCGCUCAAGAAGUUCCCCGCUCGCCCCGCCGACCUCCGCGCUUCCGCGCGCUCGUCCCGCUCCGCCUCCCCCGCCCGCCAACCCUGCCUCGCCGCGCUUGGCGCCGCGCCCGCCGCUCUGCCAAGCCAAGACGAGGUCGCGAGGCUCCUGGCGCAAGUGGCGGCGGGAAACGCGGACUCGGCGGCGGUAGUGCUGCAGAUGAGCGCGCAAGGAGCGGCGGAAGCGGAGCUACUUAUAUCGCACGGCGCCACGGCGUCUCUCACCCGCGCACUGGAGAGCGGCAGCAGCGGUGGUGGUACGACUAGGUUAGCGGCCAUGGCGGUGGCAGCGUCACUUAAUCUCUGCCUCCUUAACGAGCGCGCGGCGCCGCGUUUCAGCGAGGAGGGGCUGGUGAUGCUGCUAGUUAAUAUCCUUCGACGAGUGGAACCCUCCGCAUCCACGUCAUUCCCGCUCCUUGCUGACGUGUCGGCGCUCCUCUACUGUCUGCUGCACAGCGAGGCGAGGGUACACGUGGCGGCUUCUGCGGGCACGGACGUGCUUCUGUGGCAGAUACUGGUUGCUUCGUCAUCGUCAGCGGCACCGCCGAACGCGGACGCAGCGCCACGUGCCAGUGCGCGCGCGGCAGCGGCGCUCGCGCUGCUCCGCCUGUCGCAGGUGCGCGAAGUGGCGGCGCAACUGGUGGACCGGAACGCCGUCGCGCAAAUAUCCGCCAUGCUCCUGGCCGGGCAGGCGAACGGGCAGGUUGACGGGCAGGUCGAGCUUUCCGCGCUGCUGGCGAGUCUGACCCGGUCAGAGGAGGGAGUGAUGGCGCUCUGCACUGUAGACGACGCCGCCGGCGCGCGGGCGCUGCUACAGCUGCUACAGCCGGCGCCGGAGCAGCAGGGGAAAGCGCUGUCGCUGCAGCAACAGUUCGGGGUGGUGAUACUAAGGAAUGUGAUUGCGAGCGGAAGCGCGUUCGGGCAGCACUUGGUGCACGCGGGCGUGUGCGAGGGUCUGGAGCAGCUGUUAACGGCCAUGACGGGUGACGUGAAAGGGAAGAAAAAGAUGGGCGACGCGGCGGGGAGUCCGUGUCAAGCGGAUAAGGAUGUCUGUAAGGUGCAGGCGCUGCUCGCCUCCCUGCGCAGCUGCUCGUAGAGAGCUCAGCGAUACUGCUGCAUGCCUUCACAGGCUUGCGCAUGCACCAAGUUCCAUGUGUGCGGCAGCACACGGCUGGGAUUCACUGAGUGCAACACUCUGAAGGGGCAGCCCUUGUGUCUAUUCUUCCUCCACGUACCCUAACCACGUUCUCUACUAUAUUCGGAGUUUUUCUCCUUGCAAUCUGCCUCAGAAUGCACAUAAAACCCUCAACUUCACCUGGCUGUUGAUUUAGCCUUUUGAUCUUUUUGUCGCCAUUCUGGCUCAAUGCAUCAGGUAGUAGCAUGUGUCCCCUCCUACCCCCCACCCCACCCCUGUUUUGGGCCUCCACCCCCAGUUUGUGUUAUUAUGGGUUACCAUAAUGCUAUGGGCUGUGCAACUGGUGAACAUGGUUUAGGGUUGCUGGCCUGCUCAGAGCAUGUGGCAUGCUUUUCUUUUCCAUCUUGAAAUAGACUUCAUUGGUUUUUACUGACCACCUUCGAAUAGUACUUCAAUGGAAAC